CAAAAAUAUGAGAAGAACAUUAGUGCAAAAUUUGUUGUUGUUAUAGUUUAUUUUGUUUAAUAGUUUUUAUAGUUUUGCAAAUGCACAAAUCAAAUCAAAGGCAACGUGUUAUCGCUUAAUGAAUGCUAAACGGUAAACUUGGCAGUGCGUCAAACGAAGCAGAAGCAGAAGCAGCGUAAUCUCAUCAUCAUCAUUGUCGUCUAGAAUUUGGGUGUUUUGGCCAGCGUUUAAUGGAUGACACAUCAUCAUGGGAAAACUAUUAUCAAAAAUUUUCGGCAACAAAGAAAUGCGAAUUUUAAUGCUUGGCUUGGACGCUGCUGGCAAAACAACGAUCCUUUAUAAACUGAAAUUGGGGCAGUCAGUAACAACGAUACCCACGGUGGGAUUCAAUGUGGAAACUGUCACCUACAAGAAUGUCAAGUUCAAUGUUUGGGAUGUUGGCGGACAGGAUAAAAUACGACCGCUUUGGCGGCACUACUACACAGGUACACAGGGUCUUAUAUUCGUUGUGGAUUGUGCGGAUCGAGAUAGAAUAGAUGAAGCUCGCACCGAACUGCAUAGGAUAAUUAAUGAUAGAGAGAUGCGGGACGCCAUUAUACUGAUAUUUGCUAAUAAACAGGAUCUAGCUGAUGCAAUGAAACCCCAUGAAAUCCAGGAGAAACUAGGUUUAACUAGAAUAAGAGAUCGCAAUUGGUAUGUGCAACCAUCAUGUGCCACAAGCGGAGAUGGCCUAUACGAGGGUCUAACGUGGUUAACAUCCAACCAUAAAUUAUGAGAAUCAUAAUUGCAAACAAACGUACAUAUUUCUAUGGCAUGUAUUGUAUUAUUCGAAGCGAAGCAAAAUUAUUAUAUUUUUUAUUUAUACAAAACUGCAAGAAAACCGAACAGAAAUUAACAGAGUUGAAAACAAAAAUAAAA